UUGAGUAAGUGCAGAGCUAUGAAGCCCUUGGUAUUUUUAAUUUUGGCGUUAGCUGCAGUCAAUGCCUUUGAAUUUCGAACCUUGCAAACACGCAAUGUUGAAAUGCCCGUCUUAGAUGAACCAACAGGGCGCAUUACAAAUGGUGAAAAAGCCAGAGCAGGACAAUUUCCGUAUCAAGUUGGUCUUUCACUUAAACUGAAUCUUUACUCUUCUUCGUGGUGUGGUGGUUCACUAAUUGGCAACAGUUGGGUACUGACAGCUGCUCACUGUACUGAUGGCGUACAAUCUGUUACCGUCUAUUUGGGUGCCACGGAGCGAACCUCUGCUGAAGCCACUUAUACAGUGUCAAGCAAUAACAUUAUCAUUCAUGAAAAUUGGGAUCCAACUAUAUUGCAAAAUGAUAUUUCUUUAAUUCGAAUUCCAUCAGUUGCCUAUUCCAAUAGAAUUCAAGCUGUCAAAUUGCCUAAUAUCGCCGACUCUUACGACUUAUACACUGGCGACGUUGUUGUUGCUUCCGGUUGGGGACGUAUAAGUGAUAGCAUUAAUAGUGUUACCGAAGAUUUACAAUGGGCUGUUCUUGAGGUUAUCAGUAAUACCAAAUGUGCUAUGACUUACGGUAGCAAAGUCAUUCUGCCUACUAACAUAUGCGUUGAUACAUCUGAUGGAGUGUCUACUUGCCAGGGCGAUUCCGGUGGCCCACUAGUGUUGGUUUCUAGCGGAGUACAAGUUGGUUUAACAUCAUUUGGUGCCGCAGAUGGUUGUGAGAAGGGCUAUCCAGUAGCAUUUACUCGUCUCACCAGUUACUUAGACUGGAUUAAAUCACAUACUGGAGUUGUGUACUAUUAAAUAUUAUAAAAUGUUUACAUCUUUUAAAAAUUAAAUUAAAAUCAUUAAUUCA